GUGGCAGAUGAGCAUCAUUUACUCAUGCAAAACCAAUUCUAUUUUCCUGGCUUAUAAAUAUUAAUUUCCCACAGACUCCAUUGCACCACAGAGUGAGCUCUUGUAGCUAGCUAAUUAACUUAUUUUCUUUCUAUUUUGUUUUCUCUAAGAUAGCAUAAUGGGUGCCAUUGCCCGUUGUGUUAUGCUUGCUCUCUUGUUGUGUCAAUUCCUUCUUCAUGCUUCAGUAUUGGCUGAUCAUGUUAGCGGCGACGUCAAGGAUGAUAAACAUUUGUUUUUUCAUCGUCCACUGUGGAAAGGAGGAGGUCUAGGUCAUGGCAUUUAUAAGAAGGGCUUUAAACAUCGCAGGUUUGGUGGUGGCAUAGGGGGAGGUGGAGGUGCUGGGUUUGGUGGGGGAGUAGGUGGAGGAGGGGGUCUAGGUGGUGGCGGUGGAUUAGGUGGAGGUGGUGGCCUUGGCGGUGGUGGGGGAGGAGGUCUAGGUGGCGGCGGUGGCCUUGGUGGUGGUAUAGGACAUGGCGGUGGCAUAGGAGGUGGACAUGGUGGGGGUCUAGGGGGUGGCAUUGGGCACGGUGGUGGAUUAGGAGGAGGAGCUGGUGGCGGUCUAGGUGGUGGGCAUGGUGGGGGUUUAGGGGGUGGUGGUGGCCUAGGCGGUGGACAUGGUGGGGGUUUAGGAGGGGGUGCUGGUGGAGGUGGAGGGCUUGGCGGAGGAGGUGGUCUUGGUGGUGGUGGUGGAGCUGGUGGGGGAGGUGGACUUGGUGGUGGUGGAGGAGUUGGAGGUGGAGGUGGGCUUGGUGGCGGUGGUGGCGUUGGUGGAGGGGCAGGAGGUGGUAUAGGCGGUGGUGCAGGUGGAGGACUUGGAGGUGGGGGUGGUGUUGGUGGUGGAGGAGGAUUUGGUGGAGGAGGCGGGGCAGGAGGAGGCUAUGGAGUUGGUGGAGGUUUUGGCAAAGGUGGUGGCAUUGGUGGUGGAGUAGGUGGAGGUGGUGGAUUUGGUGGAGGCUUCGGUGGGGGUGGGGGUGGUGGUGCUGGGUUUGGGGGUGGAGGUGGUUUUGGAGCUGGAGGCGGCGGUGGCCACUAGAGUUGAGGGGUUAAAAAGAAAGAUGGAUAUAUGGUGCAUUACGUAUUACGUACUCGGUUCCCAUAAGAUCAUCGUAAUUGAAUAUGUUGCUUUGGCCUUUCUUAAUUUCAUCCGCAUGUAAUAUUACUCAACAAAUUUAAAAAUCAAAUGGAGAUGGCAUUGUUUGUUCUCACAGUAUUUGUUUGUCAAGCAGUUCUCCGCUCUUCCUUGCAAACAUGCAACUAGAUUGUCUUGUCUCUGUGUCAGAACUACGUACUAUAUAUAUAUAAUAACCAUUCGGUGCAGCAGAGGGUCUGCCAGCUGCAUGUUUAUGCAUUCA